AUGGAUCCCCCAACGCCACACAGAGGCAAUGCCCAGUCACCCAAAAGCAGGAACGACGAUGUUACGUCUGGUUGCUGGCGACAGUUUUCCAAGCCUGCCAACUAUGCCGAGGACUACAACGGAGGAAUGGGUCGCACACUCGAGCCACUGAGACGAUCCAGGAUUCCUCGGAAACAUAACUCGGCCUCUCUUAUCACCCCUACUUCACCUCUACCUCUUGUUCCCUCCAAUAACCCCUUGACACUCAAUUCGCCAGAACGCAUCGCCAUAUCAUCCGACUAUAUCCCUCUUUCGCCACAAACCCCUCCAUUCUUUGCACCAUCUACCCAACAAAACUUCACAGAGUCAUCUUUGGUCGAAUCACCAGCAACAGAGAAAUCAAGCCUCACCUACAUAUCACUGGCCAAGUCCACCAUAUCCAACGGUCAGGACAGCAGCCCAUCAGUCGACAUCGGAGGAAGCAAUAGCACAUUGAAUGGAAGUGCUGUUAGUAUCGAGAACAACGUUUCAACCAGUAGCAGCUCCAGUCAGUCAUCGACACCAGGCCAACCCAGCGACAAUAACGAGACAAGCAAUAGCGGCGAUGGAUCAGGAACAACAUUAGAGGCAGGGUCUGGAUCUGCAGGUACCCCUAAAAAACCGAGACCAUCAGUGCCGAGGAUUAUCAUUCCCGAUGGAACAUCAAUCAACCUAUCAACACCGCCAACCACACCUCGUCAGUCUUACAGAACCCCAUUGCCCGUCGUUAUGGUUCACUGGCCCUACACUCUCCAACAGAUCAAGGAGAAACUGCGCUCACAGGGUCGAUUACCUUACCGCAGGAACCAAGUAGCACCGCUUCGACAAGCAGUUGACCCAGGAAACAAUACGGCAGAUCAACGACAGAAGAGCACCCAGCAAACGCCAAGAGCAACAGGACAAGCCGAUGUACAGAUUGAACUGGCAGAGUUAAGUCCAGCUGAGGGUCGGGAGUCAUUUCCAGAAGUCAACAGUGCUCUCGACGAUCCAUCUUCUCCAGAGCAGCUCCCUCGUCUCCCACACAUGUCAGAGUUUGGUGUGAUGGGGUUCCAAACGGGCGGCAGGAACGAUUCAAUGUCGUCGAGCGAUAAGUUCAUUUGGUGGGACUAUGAAGAGUCAUCCGAGGGUUUCUUUUCGAGGGAACGGUGGCGAAGAGCUCUUUGUUCACGGCCUGGUCUUGUCAACCUGUGCAAGCACAUCGUUGCCACCUCACUUGGUCUGAUCACAAUCCUCGCACUUGCACUGACAGCAUUGGGCAGGAUCAAGAAUCACCAACAAGUAUCCGACACCAUUCCUGAGAGUCUUGCUGACAACAUCAUGGAGUCGCAGAUCGUGGUAAUCAAGGAUUUUAAUCGCCUUCAGCAGGCAAACCUAGCGCAAGGAAACUAUGCGCAGCUGGAACAGCAACCCCAGGUGAAGACGACUUCCAAGAUUCCCAUCUGGACUCAGCCUAUUCGACAAGGAUGUUUCCACGAAAAGUGCGACAUCAAGGACCUCAGCAAAGAGUACUUUGCAUUUAUGAACCCCGAGUCGUUUGGGAUCGCAUUGCCGCAUAAUUGGCCGUCACUCUGCAACAGCUGCAUUGAAAUCUCAAGGAACCAGUUUGUGUACAAAACUAAGGUCCGGAUCCUCGGUGAUCUCUCAACAUGCUCCGUCGAUGCUACUCAACCCAAUGGAUCUGUCGUUCCAAGCCCUGUCUCUUCUACCCCUGCCUCGACCUCUCAGUCCAUAUCAGCGACCCUGCCAUCUAACCCUGUCCACAAGACGCAUCGCCACAAGCCCAAACGCCUAGGUACUAUUCCGGACCUAUACCCUCAUUCUCGAGAGAACAAGGCUCAAAAGAGACAAGAAGCGGGUGCCCAUCCCUUGGUUCAAGAUCCUGCGGUUGCAACCCUUCCUUAUCUUAUUGUCGAUCCCUCUACAUUCAAUAACUUGACCAUGUACGAUACUCAGGCGGCACUGCACGAUAUGGUUCUGCUUCCAGUCCAGUUCCGCUUCGUGGUGUGCGAAAGCUGA